AUGCUUACCAUCCAUGAAGCAGGGUUACAGACGGUUGCUAUUUUCAUGCAGAGCGGUGAAUUGGAGAAAAAGGAGCCAACCACAAAUGCACUUAGUGACGAUGUGGAGGACUCAUCGAACAAGAUCUUUAUUGGUGGAUUUCCAAAAGUAAUUUCAUCGGAAAUGCUAAUGGAGAUUGUCAGCGUCUUUGGACCUCUGAAAGCAUACCGGUUCGUGAUUAACAAUGACCUCAAUCAGCGAAGCGCUUUCGUAGAGUACACUGACGGAUCUAUUACCCUCAAAGCUUGUGCUGGCCUUAACGGUAUGAAGCUAGGUGGCAGUGUAAUAACUGCCGUUUGUGCACUUCCUGAUGCAUCAUCCGUAACGGUGAAUGAGAAACCACCAUUCUAUGGGAUACCUGAGCAUGCAAAACCACUUCUUGGCAAGCCUAAGCAUAUUCUGAAGCUUAAGAAUGUGGUUGACCCGGAAGAUCUCCCAUUGCUUUCAGAACAAGAAUUGAAAGAAAUUCUGGAGGAUGUACGGUUAGAAUGUGCCAGGUUUGGGGUUAUCAAGUCGAUAAACAUGGUGGAACACCAGAGCAAAGAUAUCACUGGUUCCGAAACAAAUGCACUGAUGAGCCUAGAAUCAACUGAUUCUAAAGAUAUGAAUGUGUCAGUGAUUCAGGAGAAAAACGAGGAAGUCAAGAAAACUGAUGCUAUUGCAGACAAUGUAGAUCCUGGAGAGGUUGUGCAAGACAGUUUGACAAGUGAAGACAAUUUAUGUGAGCCGAGCUCAAAUGCUGCCGUUGAGACAAAUACAGGAGCAAAUGAAGAUGGUGACUCCACUGAAUCAGACCAUUGUGAAAAGAUUGUUGGGGAAAGUGCACAGGAAGAGGAAGCAGAGAUUCCGAAAGAAGUAGGAUCGGCUCUUGCACAGGUUGAGGCAGAGAAUCCGCAAGAAGAAGUAGUAUCAGCCCGUGCUGUGAAAACAAGAUGGGAUAUUAGCGACAAGAAAGAGGAAGAACAAGAUCCCAAAGAUGUGUUUGAGCCAGGUUGUAUCUUCAUCGAGUACGGAAGACCAGAAGCCACACGCGAUGCAGCUCAUUCGUUACACGGAAGGCUCUACGAAAACCGGACUGUGAAAGCGGAAUACGUUUCUAAAGAGCUUUACCAUAUCAGGUUCCCAAGUGGGUAA